AUAUACUCAUAAACUAAGAGUAUAGUUAACUACCCCAACCUUGUCCAAAUUUUUGGAUCUGACUUACCCCCAAAAAUUGAAUGAGACUGAACUCGAAAACUGAGCAAUCUUUCUAGGGUUCUUAACCCUUCACUCCCUCGACGACUCUUCGACUAUCACCGUGCGAAAUUCACUCUCUUGUAGGAAAAAGUGUUGGUGUGGAAAUGGAUGAUGUUCCUUCUUCCGUGGGAAUUUCUGGUUCUGGAGCUGAAAACAGCAGUGUCAAGGACAUGGAAAUAAGCGAUUCUGUGGAUGAGGAGAAUAAUCUGGAAGCUGAAAAGUCUGUUCAAUCUGAAGAAGAGUGUGAUAAUAAUUCAUUGAAAGAAAAUAAAGAUUUGGAAUUGGCGGAGACGGUUGUGAAAUCGGAGGAGGGAGUAAGAGAAACGGUGCAUGCUGCUGAGACUGUUAGCCUUUCUCUCAAAGAUGAAAGUCCCAACGGAAGCGUUGAGAUUGGUAGAAGAGCUGUUUCAGGUGUUAAAAGAGCCCGGAUUACUGUUGAUGAUGAACAUCAGCCAUCUGUUCAUUUUAUUUACAAGUCCCUGACAAGAGCUAGUAAAAAAAAGCUUGAGGAAUUACUACAGCACUGGUCCCACUGGCAUGCUAAACAUGUUUCCUCAUCCAAUGAUCCUAGCGAAAUGUUGGAAUCUGGUGAGGAAACGUUUUUUCCUGCUCUGUGUGUUGGACGUGAAUCAACAUCUUCCGUGUCAUUCUGGAUGGAGAAUCAGACAAUGAAUGGUAUUAACACAGAUGUUAGUCCUAUAGAUGAUAAUUCCGUGCCUCUAUAUGAUCGUGGAUAUGCUUUGGGAUUGACUUCAGCUGAUGGUUCGAGUGUUGCGGACGGUGGUCUGGAAAUCAUAGAUGUUCCUUCCAGGUGUUUCAAUUGUGGUUCAUACAGUCAUGCUUUAAGAGAAUGUCCAAGGCCUCGUGACCACGCUGCUGUCAAUAACGCUCGCACUAAACUUAAAUCCCGACGGAACCAAAAUUCUUCUUCUCGUAAUCCUACUCGUUAUUAUCAGAAUUCUCCUGCUGGAAAGUAUGACGGUUUGAGGCCAGGUGCUCUUGAUGAUACCACACGUCAACUCUUGGGCUUAGCGGAACUUGAUCCACCUCCAUGGCUUAACAGAAUGCGAGAACUAGGAUACCCGCCAGGAUAUCUUGACGCGGAUGAUGAGGAUCAGCCUUCUGGCAUAACAAUAUUCACUGAUAAGGACAUGGCAGAACAGGAAGACGGUGAAAUUGUUGGAGCAGAUUCUUCAAAGCCAAAGCAGAAAAUGAGUGUUGAAUUUCCAGGAAUAAAUGCUCCUAUUCCAGAAAAAGCCGAUGAAAGAUUGUGGGCUUCUAGAGCUGUAGUACCCUCAAUCUCGUCAGAUAUAUCAAGGAACUGGUCACAGCAGAGAUCAGCGAGUUUUGGUAGCCGAGGACAUCAUCGUGAGCAGAGAAUAGGCGACUUAAGGGAUGAUGGUCCUCCAGGGGACCCAGGGCUCAGUUCAUCACAAUUUAGUUUUCAACCUAGGUUUGGUAGUGGCCAUGUUUCUCCGAAUACAAGGGAAGAGUGGAGUAGUAGAAGGCAUCCUUUGCUUGAAGAAGAGUCCCCAAAGCCUUUUUCAUUCCAUUCUCAAUAUUAUUCAACCCCGGAGAGGUAUUUUUCAUCACUGGAACGAGAUUCUGGUGGCAGACAUGGAAGCCGGAGUUCUGGUAGCAUGCAUGACAGAGAUAGAGACCGUGAUCAUUCAUCUCGAUUUAACGAUAGGCGUUCGGAAGACCGUCAUUAUCAUAGUAGAAGGUGAUAGUUGAAAUUGUAUUAAACAUGACUAUGUGUGAGUUCCUAUUAGCACUUGUAGAGCAACAAACUUUGAUCAACUCAACAUGAUAGAUAUUCGUUUCGCCACUCAGGAUAAAGUUUCAUACAAACCAAGCAUAUUGGUAGGUUAUGAAGACACAUUGGAAUUGUUUAUACUCACACCUGUUAGUGACAUGAGUUAUUUUUGGUAA